AUGGUUCAAGGCGAAUUGUUUGCGAGAAAGUUGCUGACAUUGAACGUUUUUGUGUUUCUAGUGAGAACAAACACCCGUCCACCAAUCAAAUACGUUCUCGACGUCACCAUCGCCUACCCCAACGGAAUUCCCCUCUCCCUUGCCACGUUCGGUCUGGGAACUCGCGAGAAAUGUGACAUUGCCGUCAACUAUAAGAUCUAUGAUGCCGAUGAGGUUCCAUUCGAGGACGAGGAGAAAUUGCGCGAUUGGAUGUAUGAGGUGUAUAAGGAGAAGGACGAAAUGUUGGCCCGCUACUACGCGACCGGCGAAUUCAAUCCAGGAGAGAAGGGAACUCGCAUCGCAUUCUCCUGGGCUAAAAUCAUCGGAAUGUACGGUUUCUGGUUCGGAUCGUUCUACGCCCAAUACAACGUCUACUCGUACGUCAUCUCGGCCGUCGUCAAAUUUCUACUCUUCCCAUUCUCUUCUUCAUAA